CGAGCAGGUAGAUGACAUACACCAGAUAGCCUUUCAGCGGAUAAUCCAAUGAUAAAAUGAAAGCACACAUUGGCUCUGUUUAAAGUGUUUGUGGCCACUUUGGAGAAGGAAGUUUUGAAAGACAGUUUUGGGUUUUGUUGCAUCCUGCAAGAUGAGUUGUGCAAAUGUGAUGUCGCGGUUUGGGCCGCCGGUGUCCGUGCGGUCGGUGGAUAUGGCGGUGGGUUUCCGGUGCAGAGGCUCUCCACACAUCAACCAUCACCUGCUCAUGUCUUCACCCAAACCACUGCGGCCCUGCAUCUCCCAUCAGCCGGUGUUUGAGUACCGACAUUCCCCUUCCACGGGCCUCCUUACCAAAAAUGGCCGCCGUGAAAAACGCGUCGCGUUUGCGGACGCUAAAGGCCUGGCGCUCAUCACAGUGCGCCUGUUCACCGAGAAAGAGGACAACAUCCCGCGCGAACCGCUUAAAAUCCCGAGGCUGAAGAAGCUGGGCUGUGCUAAAGAGCCCGCUAAAGCGACUUCGAGGCUGAAGCUCGGGUUCGAGCAGCCGUGUUGUGAUUACCAGGCGUUCAGAAACCGGCUGCAGGAACACGCGGUGCUGUUAGAGAGCUGCAACGUCACCAAACGCUCCGUUCUCGGCACCGUUCGCGUCAAAAACGUGUGCUUUGAGAAAGCGGUGCACGUCCGUAUCACUUUCGACAGCUGGAAAACUUACCUGGACGUUCCGUGCACGUACCUGGAUCGGUGUUACGGGGAACCUGGAACCGACGUGUUUGAGUUCAACAUCAGCGUCCCUGAAGAGAUAGACCCGCGUGAACGCGUCGAGUUCUGCGUUUCUUACUUCCCGGCGACGUUCGCCGCUGCUGAAUGGGACAAUAAUAACGGCAAAAACUACUGCAUACAGGUGUGUGACUGAAUCUGCACAACAGACAUAGAUCAAUACAUGUGUAAUAGACGCCUGGGCUAAAACAAAACUAAAUUUGGGCUGUCAGUGAACAUCUAACGGACGAAUAAAAAUAGACUAGUCAGCAAAUACACUGGAAUAAAUGUGAGGGCCGUUUAUGACUGAUGAUUAGUAAAACUUUGUGCUAUUCUUAGACAUGUUUUGGAUAUUUCACUGACAGCCCAAAUUUAGAUUACUAGUCAACAUCCAUGCUAGACGUCUAAUGUCCAACUUAAACACAAAAUUGCUUGGUGGCUCCUUUACUUUUGUCACCUGCUUGCUACUCUCCCGUUUAUUAGCACAGAACUGACUGAAAUGUGGUGCCAUGAACGUUUUGUUGGGGGGAAAAAAGACCUUGCUUGCUGAUGAAAUGCAUGUUAUGGGUAAUGCAGUAUUUUAUAAUGACCAAUGUUUAUAUCAGGUGCGUUUUUCUAUUUUUAGAGAAAUGAAUUUUUAGAUGAUCGACCUGUAAGCACUUUAACAUGUUUCUUGAACUUUCAUACUGUGGGUAAUUUAAGUUUUAUAGUGAAUAUUUUUAUAUAAAAUAAAGUUUAAUAUUUACUUGG